AAAUGAAAGAAAAAUUCAAUAUGGCGUGGCGGCCAGCAAGUUUGUUUUGAAUAUGCGUUUUCAUGCAUAUUUCAAUUAUUUUGCUUCGAGUUCUGCUUGCAAAUUGAUUUUGAUCACUAGAUUCGACUGUGAUUAAAUCGAGCCCCAUAAAACAAUGAAGGGGCUCAGCCCCCUGAGGCUAGUCCUGGGCCUCCUGACGUGGGGAGGGGUGGCAGUGACGCAACCGGGACCUUGCGACCGUAGCCGCAGAGUUUUGACAGCUCCGAGAGGUGUUCUGAGCACCGGACCGCUCGGAGCCAAUUAUACGCAGGACAGUCAUUGCGAAUGGCUAAUCAAAUCCAACAGUUCCGAACGCUUCAUUUCGCUCACAUUCCGAAGCAUGGGAACUGAGUGCGCCUAUGACUAUGUUUUUGUUUACGACGGCUCGUCGUUUGCCGCUCCGCUGCUGGGCAGUUUCAGCGGUCGGACGGCGCCGCCAAAAGUUACCGCCACUUCUGGCAGCAUGCUUUUGUUACUCUACAGUGAUACAAAUUAUGUCUUGGACGGUUUCCGGGCCGAGUACACCAUUUCGGCUUGUCCAGGCAAUUGUACAGGGAGGGGUUAUUGUUUGAAGGGCAGAUGCGUUUGUAAUGGGGCCGAAUGGGGCGGCGCCGAUUGUUCCAGAAGGCUGUGUCCGAAUGAUUGCGGACGUCACGAUCGGCCUGUCAAAGGUCACUGCAACAAAGGUCGCUGCCUCUGCAGGUCGGGGUAUUCGGGUCGUGCUUGUUCUCUUCCCGAAAGAGACCCUUCGGGUAAUAAGUGGCACUAUUUGGCUCAAACUGGAGAAGGCUUACGGCCUAGAGCCGCGCAUUCGGCUGUUUACGUUGACAUCACAGAUUCCUUGUACGUUUUUGGAGGCUACGACUUAAAUCAAGUUUUAUCUGAUUUAGAGGUUUACAACUUUCAAAGUAGCAGCUGGAGAGAUUCAGAAGGAAACGAGCUAAUGGAUUGGGAGUCUGUAGACAGGGUGGAGCCUGGUGAAGCUGCCGAUUUUAUCGCUCAACAAGGCUUCGAAAGAUUGGGACUUCCGCGUAAAUCGCUUCUGGGCAGCAUUUUCUACGCAGUAGGAGACAAUUCUAGCAAGUUUAUGCGCAGACAACGGCACAGCGGAGGCGGUUACAUGGAAGAAGUCCCAGAAGGACCUGCAGGUAGAUACGGUCACGCCGCUUGCGCUGUUGCCAACGGUUUUGCGAUGUUUGGAGGCAAAAUGGCCGAUGGUUCAUUGGCUAGUGACUUAUGGUAUUACAAUGUCCAAACUCGUCUUUGGCACCUGCGCGCGCAAUUUUCCACUCGCCGACCUCCUCCUCUAACAAGACAUACUUUAACUUGUGUCAACGAUACCAUUUACCUUUUCGGUGGUAGUACUCCGGAUGGGGAAUUUUCCUCGGAACUUUGGAGGGUGAAGCUACGUCCAGAUGAUACUGAACAGUGGGAGGAGGUUAGAGCUAGAGGCGGUAAACAGCUGGACAUAAGAGUGGUGGCCCACACAACAGUCUACCACAAAGCUACCAAUUCGCUAGUGGUUUAUGGCGGUAUUGUAGCCGGCGUUGCCAGAUUUUCCAAAUUGUCCGAUAAAAUGUUUGCCUUUCAAUUAGACCACAAACAUUGGACCGAAAUUCAUUAUACUCGGGAACAUUUACGGGAAAAAUAUGUGCCUAGAGAAAGGGCGUUUCAUUCAGCUAACGUUUUUGGAAAUUAUCUGGUGAUUUUUGGUGGUUACUCGCACAGGCAUAAUAAAGAGGAGAUUUGCUACGACAAUCAAAUGUACUUGUACCAUUUGGGCUGUCACACUUGGGUGAAUCCGGACAUUUUAGGCAGCAACAACGAGUCAAGAUACCCAAAACAACAAGGCGUUUUCGCGCAUGCGUCCAGCGUCCGUAACUCGCACACUCUAAUCUUAGUUGGCGGGUACCACGGCAACGUCAACGGUGAUCUUUUAGGCUGGACCGUCCCGCCAUAUUUGCGCGGAAUCCCCCCCAAAGCCUGCGCGCUCCAUCAAUCUUUCGGCGAAUGCUCGGCCGAUCCCGAGUGCGGUUGGUGCAGCGCCGAUGACCGAUGUUAUGGUCGUACCGUUGGUGCCAACUGCACCACUAACCUGCAAACCGCUCGGUGUCCAGGGGUGUGUCCAGCUUUACAAGACUGUCAUUCUUGUCUGGUGCAUGGGCAUUUGCAUGGCGGAGAAGAACCGUCUUCGGCAGCUUUCAGGUUAGGUUUGGGCGAAUGUUCUUGGUGCGUCCAAAACGCUCGAUGUCAUCCUAGAGAUGAUCCGCACGGUACUUGUGGUUCGCAAGUGGAUAGUCCGAGUCAGACUCUGGGCUGGUGGGGGCCUACUGGACAAGAGAUCAGGCAGCCGCAAGAUUGUGCCAAUUUGGACCGCAGGCCUGGACUAACUUACAUCAAAUAUAGUCAUCCGCCUAAUUUUUCGCAGCCUGACAGUGUUGCCACAUUAAAUGCCACUACUAUUGAUUAUAAUGGGGGUUUGAGUAUUUCACCGCGCAGUGACAACGUUUCCGGUAAAAUGGUGGCCACUUUGACGGGUUUUUUACGUUUGCCUCCAUCUUGGAAGGAAACUCUUAAAGUUUGCUCCAGCUACUCCUCAGCCACUGUUACUUUGGGUGAAAAAACGGUAGCCAAUUUUACAACUGAAACAAAAAUUUGUAAGGAUUCAAAAUGGCCCGAUGGGGUGCCAGAAGAACGGAUUCCUGUUGACUUUUUGAGCAUCAAAACGUUGGGGCCACUUUUCAAUGCUCACCAGCAAAGUCGGAUGGAGUUGCAACACUUUAAGCCGGAUGAGACACCAAAGGUUUUCACCUUCGAAUAUCUCGAACCUUACGCCAACGGCACUUGUUCCCAAUACGCCAACUGUCUCCACUGCCUGACCGAUUCUCAAUGUGGUUGGUGUGAGCUGACAUCCUCCUGCCAAUCACGCACUGAUAGUGAACAAGAAACUUGCUCGCUGGACGGCGAUUGGCGCUACUUGACCCUUUUGCCCGGAAUGUGUCCCAAUUGUAGCAACUUUAUCUCGUGUUCUUCCUGCGUCCAAACUGAGUUAUGUGAGUGGUGGGUCGAAGAAGCCCGAUGCACCAGAAUUGGACAAAGACAAGGCUCUGUUGUAAUUGCUGAUGAGUGUCCCACUCCCUGUUAUCAAAGAAGCGGCUGCGAUGAUUGUCUAGAUCAGAAAGGCAGAUGUGUUUGGUGUCAGGCGACUCAGAAAUGUUUUAGUUUCUCAGUUUACACGAGUGAAUAUCAGUUUGGGCUUUGUCGCGAAUGGUUGGACCAAUCUUUUCCGUUAAUCACCGCUCACGAAAACAGCUCGCUAACCCACAAACCACAGGAGCAGUGUAAAGCUUGCGCUGCUCACACUAAUUGUUCGGCCUGUCUGAGUGCUCUGAGUUGUGGCUGGUGUCAUGAUGCGUCUAAUCCGAUGUCUGGGGCAUGUGUUAGAGGUGACUUUCAACAGCCUCAUGUCAACUGCUCUACUGCUCUAGGAGGCAAGGAGGCCAAGUGGGCCUAUGCUCAAUGUCCAGAUGUAGACGAAUGUGGCUUAGGUUUGCACGACUGUCAUCCUCAAGCCGAAUGUACCAACACUGACGGGUCUUUUAGCUGUCAUUGUAGAAAAGGUUACAUUGGUGAUGGUAGGUCUUCUUGCGUGCGAACUUGUUAUAACGUUUGUGUUCACGGUACUUGUCAAGGGGAACCCGAUUAUAAGUGUUUGUGUGAUAUUGGGUGGUACGGGGAUGAUUGUAGUAAAAAUUGCGGCUGCAACAAUCACUCGUUUUGUCCUAAUGGCUAUCAGCAAUGUGACGAGUGCCAGGACAAUACUGUAGGCGACUUUUGUCAAUUGUGUCACGCGGGAAGUUACGGUAAUGCUACAUCUGAAACAGGAUGUAAGAAAUGCGAGUGCAAUGGCCACGGCGAUUUGGAUAAGGGCGAGUGCGAUAUUGAAACUGGGGAAUGUUUUUGUCAGGAUAAUACGGAAGGUUUUCAUUGCGAUAGAUGUCGUCCUAAUUAUUCGGGUGAUCCGAGGAAUGGGCAACAGUGCUAUUAUCAGUGUGAAGCUAGAGGAGUUUUGACUGAGCCAAAAGGUCAAGGUAUUAGUUCGCUUCAAAAUUACUCCCCACCCAGAGGCGGACCUCCAAUCAGAGAAUGUCUAUGGAUUAUUAAACCAGAUAUUGACUUCGGUACUCCAAUAAUCCAACUGCGAAUGAAUUUAUCUCAAUUGAAUGUAACUUGUGGUGAAAACGCUGUUUACGUUUACGACGGUUUACCCGAACUAGUCGAUAUGGGUAGUCAAAGUGCGUUAACCGCUGUUUUUUGUACUGAAGAAGCCCUAUCGACAGCGGUAGUGGAAUCUAGAACUGGUCACUUGACAGUUCACUACAAACAAGGCCCCCCUAAUGAAAGUUUCAGCGCCCUCUACAAGGUAAUCAGUUGCGACUCCUGUGUGUCGCCUAGAGAGUGCCGCGCAGGUCAAUGUCUGUGUAAAGAGGGCUUCGUUGGGCCAGAUUGCGCAGAGGAAAUUUGCCCGGAAAAUUGUAGUUUUGCUUUGGGCAGGGGGAGCUGUGACAAAAAUUAUGGAAGGUGUUUGUGUACUGAUGGAUGGACGGGACCGGCGUGUAAUAUCACGGAAACCAAACUUCAACUUGUCUUUUCCGAGCUCUUCAAUACCGAACGGUUGUCAGACAGUUUUGAGCACUUGCGCAAAACUCUUCCGCGGUUCGGUCAUUCUUUAGUCUCUGACCGAAGAGGCUCUUUGUGGAUGUUCGGCGGUUAUUCGUUGAGUCACGGCCCUUUAAACGACAUCAGGAUGUUUGACACUAAAAACAUCAGUUGGAUGCAGGUUACUGUAGAAUCGACUCCGGACGCUAGGAUGCCGCAAGGCCGUUAUUUCCACGGUGCCGACAUUGUCCACUCAAAACAAUCAAUAUACGUUUUCGGAGGUCUGACAAAAGCACCGAAAAACUCAAAAAAUCGCACCCUAAACGACUUUUGGCAGUUUGAUAUUCAAAAUCAACGGUGGGGUGAAAUGGAAUCGCCUUUUGGGGAACUGAAACUUUUGUCGCGCUAUUGGACUUCGGAAAAAUGGCCUCCUGCCGUUUACGGACACACGCUGACCCACUACCGGAAUGCUGACAGGGAAGAGUUUUUAGUGCUAGUAGGCGGCGAUUCGCCUCAUUACGGUUUCCUCAAUAGUGUAUGGGAAUAUUCAAUUGAAAAGAAUUUAUGGAGGCCGGUGCCUACCAAAGGUAACGGCCCACCGGGUAUUUUCGGUCACACAACCGUCUUUCAUUCGCAAACCAACAGUUUGUACAUAUUUGGAGGUUAUGUUUAUGACAAGCAAGUCAGCGAAAUGUCAAACAGCCUCUGGCGGUUGGAGUACGAAACUAAAACGUGGAUAGAAUUGACAGGCAGCAGUUCUCGUAACGCGCCGAAACCGAGAUUUUUCCAUUCGGCUGUUACGACUGAUCAUUACAUGCUCGUCUUGGGCGGUAGGAUUUUUCCUUGGAACAUCACUGACGCUCUCUAUGCCUUUUCCUACAGUUGCAACCAGUGGAUUAAUUUAAUGACAGAAUCUGUGGAAAAAAUCGGUCCUUAUCCGAAACAAACUUACGCUCAAGCGAUGACCAUUGAGCCAGACGGCGAUGCCGCUUACGUCAUUGGCGGAUGGGGAAUCGAAAGUGAAACUUCCGUUUUGAAAAUAGAAUUACCAAUGGACAUUUGUAACUUGUUCUCAUCAAAAUCCACCUGUCUGAGGGUGCCAGGUUGCGGAUUUUGCGCCAACCAACUAAACAACGCAACCAUGUCUCAGAUUUGUCACAGGAACACUUUAGAAUGUCCUUUGGACAAUGGUAACGGAUCUCGCCUGACAAAUACCGGUCACGUGUGCGAAAGCUCGAACCAAUACCCGAGCAGUAACUGCACGUCGAUCACAGAUUGCGCCACCUGCAGCCUGACACCUGGUUGUGUUUUUUGCAACGGCACCAACUCGUGCGUCAACUCUAUUGAAACCGAAUGUGCCGCACAAGUAUGUCCUUUUACCAAAUGCCUUGCCACUGACUGCCUCCAGUGUCACCAACUGCCCGGCUGCGAAUGGAACAUUACUAGAAAAAAAUGCGAAAUUUCCCUUUCUACAAAAGAACCCAACUCAGUAAAUCAAUGCAUCUCCCACUGUGCGUUUCACCAAUCGUGCGGCGAUUGUCUCUUAGCUCCGGGCUGUCAUUGGUCGACAGGGCUGCGCGAGUGCGUCAGCUCGGCUGCGCAACCGGCUUACUGCGCGGGAGGCGUGUGCGGAUUGGUUUUGGAAGAAAGCGACUCCGCCCACUGUCCGGAGCCGUGCCACGCCUUUACGCAAUGCGCGAGCUGUCUGAGGCACGGGCCUUGCGGUUGGUGCGCGGCGCCGGGCGAGGGGGGCGACGGAGUUUGCGCAGAAGGCAACAGCGAACGGCCGAUGAAAGGAGAUUGUUUUAAGGUUAUGGACGAGGGAAGGAAUUUGCUGGAAUCGGAAAGUGACGAAAUCGAAGAGGAAGAAGAAGAAAACUCAAACGCCACCCUUCAGUACUCGUGGCACUACGUCAAAUGUCCGAAAGAAAACGAGUGCCUCAAUAAUCACCACAAUUGUGCGGAGGAUUCAGAAAUUUGCGUAGACUUGGAUGAUGGUUACGAGUGCAAAUGUGGUGAAGGGUACAAAGCAGGCGCAGCUGGUUGCGAACCUGUCUGUCUUCAAGGUUGUGUCAGAGGUAGAUGUGUGGCUCCCUCUGUGUGCGAGUGCGACUUUGGCUAUGUAGGUGCCAAUUGUUCCAUCCAGUGUCUUUGUCAUGGACAUUCAAAUUGUGAAGGACCUGACAAACUUGACAAAUGUCUCGAGUGUCACAAUAAUACAAUGGGUGACAGAUGUCAGUUUUGUAAACCCUUAUUUGUCGGAGACCCGGCCAAUAGAACUUCUUGCGUGCCUUGUCUUGAAUAUUGUCAUGGUCAUUCGGCCUUUUGCGUGUCGCCCUCUGACGGCAUCCAGCCUAAUGACUAUGUAAACGAAGAAACUUUACGUUUGACUUUGACAGAAGGGCCCAAAAAUAAUGCCAAAUGUCUCAGGUGCUCAAAUCAUACAACAGGUGACAGAUGUGACGAAUGCAUCGUGGGUAAUUUCCGAGGUUCGGAAGAGUUGCAAGAGACUUGUAAGCCGUGCGACUGUCACGGGCACGGUUCCAAGUGUCAUCCGGUGACAGGUGAUCAAUGUGACUGUCAAAAUAAUACCAUCAGCGACGAGUGCGGUCAAGGUCGCAACUCGGCGCAGCCGUGUUGGCAGGUUCAGUGUUCGAGAUGUAGGGAGGGUUUCUUGGGCACGCCCACUAACGGACGACAGUGCUACAAACAAAUGUCAGUUGACAAUAAGAUGUGCUUUGAUGCCAAACCUAUUGAUGAGUGCAAAAUGAAGCCUAAACCUCUACAUCCGGGCGAAUUGGUUUUUUUCGUUAUCCAGCCUCGUUUUAUGAACGUUGACAUUAGGAUUGUUAUUGACGUGACGCAAGGACAGUUGAAUGUUUUUAUGAGCACCCAUGAUGACACUUAUGUCGCCAAAUCGAAUUCCUCCACUGGACUGAACGAUAUCGUUAGAGAGGAAGGUUACAGGACUUUAGAUAACGGCACGGUAAAAUCGGACGACAUUAACAAGGAAGCCAAAGAUUCCGAUCUUCAAACUUACGUCACCAUAACCAAACCGAAAACCAUAUUGACGGUGAAAAAUCUGCAACACCGCCUCGUCAUCACUCUGCCCGAGGAAUACCACAAACUGGAAACUACCCGGUUUUUCCUCAUUCUUCAAUCAGCUGACGACCAUUUGCCAGCUUACGGAGUCGUGUUUUCGCGCCAAGAUCAACUACACAUCGAUUUGUUCGUGUUUUUUUCCGUGUUUUUCUCGGUGUUUUUCUUGUUUUUGGCCGCCUGUGUCGUCGCGUGGAAGGCCAAACAAGCGGCGGACGCGCGUCAUGCCCGGCGCCGGCACGUCGUCGAAAUGCUUCACAUGGCCAAAAGGCCUUUCGCGUGCGUCACUCUCGACUUAAACGGUACGAUUGUGUACAACAAAAAACAUGGACAAAACCAUAUCAGGCCUGUAGCUGUUGAACCAACAGGUGAUGAUUUGGCUGCUGUUGGUACAAUUUUCGUGAGUCUCCCAGGAGGUUCGAAUCUCCCAGUACAGCUGGUGCUGGCCUCGUCGCUGAUAUCGUACGUGAGACAGAGCGGCAAUCGGAGGUGGCGAUCUAUACACGCCGCCCCGCCCACCUAAACUGACAUCACAAUACUCUCUAACUCGAAUAACAAGCAACAUCACUCUCUAUCACUCCUUGUAAAUGUUUUUGUCUAUAUUGUAUAAUCUCUGUUAUUAUUUAUAAGAAUUAUACAUUUGUUUUUAUAGUUUUUCUUGUUUUAUUUAUUUACUUUUUGAAUUUGUAUAUGCUUCACAUG